UGGACAUCCUAUGUGCAUUUUGUUUUGCGAUUUUUAAGUUGGUAAAGGGUUUUGCAUUAAAAUAGUACGUCUUAGAUUAUAACAUACAGUUUCUUUGAAAAUUACGGAACGAAUUUUAUUUAGUUAGUGCCGUAAAGUCUUUGAGACAAGUUUAAAUACCUACAUAUUACAAUUGGGUACAUACAUAUUGAAAAAUGGAUAAAGAAUUUGAAUCUGCACAAUUUGGGGAGGAUGAUCCGGACGCCACUGAUAAGGAGUGGGAAGAGUUUGAAUAUUUGUUGAGUAAAAAAAGGAAGAGACAGGAGCAAUCGUUCUAUCCUUGUCCCCCCCCUCAAGAAGAAGAUGAGUAUGUUAAUACCUUGAUGUAUGGUAGAUACUCCAGACAAUUGGGAGAAUUCGCAAAAUUAGAAGGUUUAAAGUCAGCUGAAAAAAGGCGAAUAAAAGAAGAAAAAGCUAGAAAAAAAGAACUUAGAGGAUAUCAAGGUAAAGUAGCAAAGGGUAUAGCGUUUCUGUGGAGACAUACGUUUGCUAGGUUAGGGGAAGAUUGGGUGUUCUUGGCCUUACUGGGUUUGAUUAUGGCAAUACUGAGUUUUAUAAUGGACAGGGGAAUAUCUAUAUGCAACAAAGCGCGAAUAUGGCUGUUCAGAGAUCUUACAAAUCAUCCUGCUGCUCAAUACUCAGCUUGGGUUUCCUUACCAGUUUGUCUUAUACUGUUUAGUGCUGGGUUUGUUCACUUGGUGGCGCCUCAGUCUAUAGGGUCUGGUAUACCCGAAAUGAAGACCAUACUGCGUGGGGUAGCUCUAAAAGAAUACCUCACUUUUAAGACUUUAUUAGCCAAAGUUAUAGGUCUUACUGCCACUUUGGGAAGUGGCAUGCCAUUGGGAAAAGAAGGUCCUUUUGUCCAUAUUGCAAGUAUAUCGGCCACCUUACUAAGUAAGUUAGUGACGGGAUUCCAAGGAAUUUACGAAAACGAAAGCCGUACCACCGAGAUGUUAGCAGCAGCAUGCGCAGUGGGUGUAGCAAGUUGUUUUGCUGCUCCAGUCGGAGGUGUAUUGUUCAGUAUUGAAGUAACGACAGUGUACUUUGCUGUCAGAAACUACUGGAGAGGAUUUUUUGCUGCAGUUUGCGGGGCAACAACUUUCAGACUACUGGCAGUUUGGUUCGAAAAAGCGGACACUGUAACGGCAGUUUUUAGAACCAACUUUUACAUGGACUUCCCGUUUGAUCCACAGGAGUUGUUUGUGUUUGCUCUUAUGGGAGCCAUCUGUGGUCUUGGCGGAGCCUUCUACGUCUGGACUCACAGACAAUAUGUGAUGUUCAUGAGACGUAGUAAAAUGAUAAACUCGUUCCUGCAAAAGAAUCGGUUUUUAUACCCUGGGAUCGUAGCUUUGAUUGUAUCCACCAUAUCGUUCCCACUGGGAACUGGUCAAUUCAUAGCUGGAGAUUUGACAACACACGAACAAGUCGUCAGCUUGUUCAGUAACUUCACUUGGACCAACUCAAACUUAACAGUUGAGGAACAAGAGAUUAUUAACCAUUGGACAACACCAUACGCUGGGGUGUACGUUAAUCUGGUUUGUUAUGUAGUAUUUACGUUUAUAUUUUCGAUUAUAUGCAGUACCGUUCCAGUACCAAGCGGUAGCUUCACACCGGUGUUUAAAAUUGGAGCUGGAAUUGGUAGAAUUGUUGGGGAAUUGAUGCAUCUAUGGUUUCCCACAGGUAUGAGAUAUGGAGGUAAGAUAGCCAAAAUCAUACCUGGAGGGUAUGCAACCGUGGGUGCAGCGGCGUUUUCCGGUUCCGUUACUCACACCAUAUCAGUUUCCGUUAUCGUUUUUGAAAUGACGGGCCAAAUAACUCACAUAAUCCCUAUAAUGAUAUCAGUUCUGAUUAGUAACGCUAUAGCAAGCCUAUUGGCGCCCAGCAUCUACGAUAGUAUUAUUUUGAUAAAGAAGUUACCAUACUUGCCCGAUUUGUUGCCUAGUAGCAGCGGAAUGUACGAUGUUUACGUUGAAGACUUUAUGAUAAGGGAAAUAAAGUAUAUAUUCUAUGGAAUGACGCAUGAACAACUGAAGCAAUUGUUGAGAGAAAAUAGACGACUACAAAGUUUCCCUUUGACUGAUAAACCCGAAAGUAUGGUUCUUCUAGGUUCCAUACCCAGAAUGCAAUUGAUACAGCAGAUAGAGAAACAGAUAGGGAAAGAACGAAGAUUAGAAGUUGCCCUGAUACGGCGCAGAGAAGCAGAAGAAAAGGCAAAAGAAGAAGCCCUAAGAAAGGCUGAAGAACGAAAAAGACGUCCUUCUAGAUUUCAAGUGGUACCAGCACCAGAUAUGUUACAGAAGCAGUUAUCUGAAAACCAACUGGAUCAACCGUGUUAUAACCCAGUCUUUGGGAGCCAACCCAAAAAAUCUAUACUGAAAAAAACCAACUCCUUUACACUGAAAGGAUUUUCUCCAUUUUUAUCUACCAGUCCAGGUUCAACACCUUAUACAACAGUGACAGGGGCUGAGAGUAGACUUAGACUCGCCUUUGAAGCUAUAUUCAGAAAAUCUUCCCAACUACAAGACGUAGAAACAAGCCAGAGCCAGUCAAUUUUGGGGGUGGAUAGUCUAAAUCAGAGUCAAAUUAUACCGAUGAGUCCAACCACAUCCAAAAAAGUCCAAUUGCCCAAAGAACGAGUCUGCGAUAUGUCACCAGAAGAUCAAAGAAUAUGGGAGGAUGAACAAAUGACCUUACCUGUGGACUUUGCGGCUUGUCACAUAGACCCAGCUCCGUUUCAAUUGGUGGAACGAACAUCCCUACUCAAAGUCCACUCGUUAUUUUCCAUGGUAGGAGUGAACCAUGCCUAUGUGACAGCCAUUGGUAGACUGGUUGGGGUAGUUGGUUUGAAAGAGCUUAGAAAAGCUAUUGAAGACGCAAACAGCGGCAACCUUCCUGCGCAUACAACCGACAACAUGGCUAAUGGUGGGGUUAACACUACAGACCCCAUAGACGACCCUGAGGCAGCCAAACAAUUAGUGGAAGGUACAUAAGUUGUAUUGUGUAUACCAAACACCAUAUCUUCGUUAAUUUUAUUUAUGGACCAACAAAUCAUAUAGGAAAAUUGUAGCAAAUUUAAUGGACUAUAAAAAACAUACUAUACAUUUUUUUAAUUACACCAAGCGUUACUGAGAUAUCGCGCUUUUAAAAUUUACGUGUUUGGUCUAAAACAAAUAUUAUUUAUUUUCGACGUAUUUUUUUUCUGUAUACUAUUAAUAUAU